AUUUUUUUUAAACAUAAACAUCACUGGACACAGUGAAAUCCGGCCAAGAUGUCGUUCCUGGUUUCUGACGAAAGUCUCGAGUUAAUUUAGUUGAGGUUGUCGAUGCCGUCCAUUGUCAAUACUUGGGUUGUCAUAGCUUGUUUACUUUGCGUAUGUAAAGAAUAUGUAGGAAACCCAUUGUUUGAGAGAAACCAGCUACAAGCUGAGGAAUCGAAGGAAUAUCAGCAUGCGUAUCCCGUCAGGGACACAGUGGGUGCUCAAGACCAAGAAUAUAAUCAACCGUUCUUCGAAAACAAUAUCCAAAACAUUCCAAGGAGCAGAGAGAACGACACGAUUCCUCAACUGCAACAACGGCAGCACAUAAUUCAAAACGGAAAUUUAGUUUCCGACCGGAGGUUGUUCUUAAUUCAGACAAUCAAAGGGAAUUUGCAAAGAAAUUCUACUGUUGCACAAAACAUAUCAAGAGAAUCCGAUAUCGUACCAAAUCAGAAGGAAGAAACACAUUUUCUUCUUGCAGAAUUGAAUUCUACUACAAAUUCAUCAAAUGGGACUAACGUUACAACCCAUCAAAAUGUCAUUCAUAUCCAAAGAAGUAUAAGUGAUAUAGAAUUAGGACAAGAGGUCUUUGGCAGUAGAAUUGAAGUUGGUAAUCGGGAUCAAUCAUCAAACAUAAACUUUGGACAAGAUGAACAUCAAGAAAAACUCAUCCCGAUAGUAAAACGUACGAUUUUACCUUCUCCUUAUGCUGAAACACAAAACAUAUCGCUGUCACUUGGAAAUACUCAAUCCGAAGGACCAGAGAGAGGAAGAUUACCAGAGGAACCUAACCGCGAAAUUCGGAAUGGAAAUGGAACUAAUCUUCAAGAUUUACACCUGAACAAUAAUGAAAUUAAGAUAGAAAAUUAUGGCACCACAAGAAAAAUUAAUUCAUCAACAACUAUCACACCUUUAGAAACACCACAUCAAAACAUACUGUUUCCAGACAUUGAUCCUGAUUCUGGAACCGUAGUGGAACCGCACUCAAAAGAUGGACGAAAUAACAGUGACAAUGUUCUCGAAAACAGACAUAGCACAUUUGCCUUACCGACAGAAAAUGUUCCCUUAGCCACAAUACACAUUUCAGGGGAAAAUCCUGACACUGAAUAUCUGGAAAACGUUAACAAUACAGAUGAUAGGUUAAGCCAUGCAAACACAACAGUAAUGGAAGCUAUACAUACCAAGGAGAAUAAAUAUCGUACCAAAGGCAACGUCCCAGAAAUGACCCUUCCGCAGAAAGAACCCGAUCAACACGAAAUCACCGAAUCAUCAUUACAUCGACAAACUUUAACAUCAGAAUCUGGACAAUUACCAAAUGAAUAUAUCGGAGAGCCAACAAAUACAAAGAACUCACGAGAAGAAGGUUCCUAUAUAACACACUUUUCUAGAGAGCCCGUCGUUCACCAGGUUACCGAGAAAGAUUUCUCUAUGAAAUCAACAACUCAUCAAAUCUUUCCAACCGAACAAAUCUUAAACAGAAAAUCGUCUGUUAUACCAGAAGAACUACCAAUAAGGACUCGAUCUACAGUGAGUACCACCACAAACAAAGAUACAUUUCAAACAUUUCGACCAAUUUAUUCGAGUACGUAUUCUCAUCAAAGAGAAAGUAACGAGGGUACAACAUUUCCUCCGAGCGAAAUGGUACCCGAAAUGACCAUAAAGUUACCAACAGAACCAAUAAAUCCUGAGCCAACCGAACCCAUAUAUCAAAGAACUACACGGGUUAGUGCUGCAACAGAGUUUGGUCCAGUGGUCAGCGGUAAGACACAGAGUCCCGAUGAACCCGUGCCGCACGUUACUCUACACAUCCCAACAGAACCAAUGGAGUUCCUUUCUACAACUACAGUUUUGCCAAAGACAGAGUCACCAGAGCAAGUCGGAUAUAUAAGUACAUCUUCGAGUACUAAUGGAUACAUGACAGAAAAAAGUAACGAAAAAGUAACCAAAGAAAAUGUGGAGUUAACAAGUUUUUCAGCUACAAUUAUGGAGAGAGAAUCAACAUACCCAGCUAUUACAGGAGAAAGAUAUGUGGAUUUACAUACAACAGUUUCUGAAUCUAGAACCGAGUAUCACAGAAUUGACAGUACACAGCACACUGAUAACGAAGGAGUAUCGCACACUCGUUCAUCACUUGUUCAUACUGAGGCAGCUCUAAAUUCUACCACAGAGCUCUUGAAAACAGUUCAUUCUCAUAUCAUCAGCACCCAUCCUACUGUCAGUGAAGGGGUGUUAACCAAUAGAUUACCUGAGGUUCUUACUAGUAUAACUUCUGGAAGUACAGUAUCUCCUGAACGUACAGAAGCUAACUUCAAAACCUCGCCAUCUCAAAGAAUUGUCAGCAAAGAAAGUUCUAAAUCAAUUCUCUCUACGUUAAAGCUAAAAAGCACCGUAAACCCAAAUCCCUCUAAGACAACUGAAAAUAGUACAAUAUAUUCAAUGCCUGGACACAACACGUUCACAAUAAGUAAUCAGGACAGAAAUACAACCAUAGAGUCUUCAAAGAUCAGUCACACAUUUACCACUCUCAUAACUGCUCUCAAAAAUACCACUACCAUCUCAACACGUCCUUCAGUAAAUACCAUAACUACAAGACGACCAAAUCCAGCAGUUUCGCGGUCAACAACUAAAAAACAAAGAACUAAUGCCCCAACGACAAAAAAGCCUACAGAAACUCCGAAAGCAACCGAGAAACCAAGUGAUAUUUACACAACACCACUACUUGUGCCUCCCGUAUACAUUAGCAUGCAGUUCCGGAUGACAUUGAGCGAGUUCUGUUCUGGAAAAUCGACGUUCCUGAAAGACUUGACAAAAAUUAUAAGGCGGAAAAUGGAUAAGAAUUUCGAGGAAAAGCAGAUUAAGUUCAUCAAUCAGUUGUGUUACGACAAAGUCAAUGAGAACAGAAUCGAUUCUAGGCCUAAAGGGGAUAUUACUAUCGUUACAGUGGAUUUAUACGUCACUGACAUCAAAGGACAGAUAGAUGUAAAACUGACUAUCGAUUCUUCAGAAUUUCUCCGAACUGGAUUUUUAACCUCCCAGUCUCGAUAUGGUCAAAAGCUUGUGAAUGUCCAUCUUAUCAACUCUUAUGUGAACAAAAAUCAGAAAGACGAAUCGGACAAAGGUCUUAACUCCGGGAUGACCAUUUCCAUUAUCAUCGUCAUUAUCGGAGGUAUUUGCUGUGUUUGCCUGAUUAUGUUACAGAUAUUGAUGCAUAGACGACACAAUAAAGGUUCAGAGAACUUUCUCCCAGGCUCCAAUCGUUUUUCUCUGAGAAGUUUAGAUUCUAUUGCUCUUAACGCUGUUCCAAAGUCGAGGCCACACAGCGGUUUUUGGAACCCUGGUUUAGAGAACAACGAGGAGGGUACUUCGUCAUGCUCAAACCCUCUUGGAUUCAACAAUUUGUCUAACAUGACAAGAGAUAUGGUUGAAAUAUACAAAGAGUUUGACAAACUCCCUUAUGAAAUGCCAAGUCUUUCAUGUGUCCCAAUAGGAGCUGAGGAUAAAAACAGAUAUGCCAACGUUAUUCCACUAACCCACUCGCGUGUUAAGUUAAAGAAAUUGGAACACGAAGAACAUUCUGAAUACAUUAAUGCAAAUUUUGUCACAGGAUACAAUUGUGACUUACAUGCCUAUAUUGCUACACAAGCCCCACUGCCCAAUACAAUUGCAGAUUUCUGGAGAAUGGUGUGGGAGCAACAGAGUCGUGUCAUCAUAAUGAUCACUGCUGUCAACGAAAUGCAACCGCCCCGGGAUGCACACUAUAUUCCAGACACAGAGGGAAUUAAUGGACGUGUUCGAUACGGGGAUAUUGUACUUGUGCUGAAAAAGAAAGAAGUUAGACAAGAGUAUAUUAUGUCAUUGUUGGAAGUAAAAGACAUAGAAAACAAUCUUUUAAGAGAAAUUCGACAUUUUUGGUUUACAAGUUGGUCUGUGGAUUCCAUUCCAGAACCAAUAUCCGUUAUCAAACUUAUCCUAGACACACGCGUCCAUUAUGAGGAUAGUGGGGCACCAUUAAUAGUACACUGCAGUUCGGGUACAGGCAGAACUGGGACACUGAUAGCUAUUGAUAUCUGUAUGCGCUCCUACGAAAACAAGAGGGUGGUAGAUAUCCUGGGAUGUGUCUGCAACAUGCGCAAAGAGCGUGCUGGUGUGGUUCAAAACAAGGAACAAUACGCUCUCAUUUAUAAGAGUUAUUUAAAGUUCAGUCCGUCAAAGAAAAUGUCUGUCAAUUACUCCGAUGGAUUAUCUCCUUAUGAACACAAAGGAAAAUGUGGCCAAGCAGAAAAGUUUGACCCCCCAGAAGUGGUAUCAGAAAAAGUCCAACAGUUAGCUGACAUGAUAAGAUCCAGCAGACACUUGGUGGUGCACACAGGGGCAGGCAUCAGCACAGCUGCUGGAAUCCCAGACUUUCGUGGGCCCAGAGGUGUGUGGACUUUGGAGCAGAAAGGAGAAAAACCACAAGUAAGUGUGACAUUUGAUAAUGCCAGGCCAACUCUAACUCAUAUGGCACUCGUGGCUUUAGAGAGAGCAGGAAUUGUUAAGUACGUAAUUACACAGAACGUUGAUGGCUUACAUGUCAGAUCUGGAUUUCCCAGAAACAGACUGUCGGAGCUCCAUGGGAACAUGUUUGUUGAGGAAUGUAAUAAAUGUGGAACACAGUUUAUAAACAAUUCAGCUGUAGCCACCAUGGGUUUAAAACCAACAGGAAAUCCAUGCUUGUUCACCAAAACAGGAGACAGAAAGUGCAGGGGGCGUCUGAGAGACACAAUACUGGAUUGGGAGGAUUCCCUACCUGACAGAGACCUUGAGUUGGCAGACCAACAUUCAAAGAAAGCUGACUUAAAUCUUACACUUGGAACUUCUUUACAAAUUGUUCCCAGUGGAAAUCUUCCGUUAGCCUCCCGGAAGAAGGGUGGGAAGCUGGUCAUUGUGAAUCUACAGCCAACCAAGCAUGACAGCAAAGCUACAUUAAAAGUUCAUGAAUAUGUAGAUGAAGUGAUGUCACAGUUGUGCAAAUUACUUGAUAUUCCAAUCCCAGAAUUCCAGGGACCAGAAACUCUGCUGGAAUCAGUACAUACUGAUAAAGAAAAGAAAUUAAAUGUCUUAGUGAAGGAUCCACACAAUGCUGUGAUUCCUAUUGUUAAAUCUGAGGUAAAAAAGGAGGAGGAAGGGACAGAAAUAAACAGGGAACACUCAGCAGAGGUGAAAAUUAAAUUCCCUGUGCAAUGUGUGGAUUCAGAUGACAGCAAGAACAUUUUCAUUAAAGAAGUGGUUUUUGAACAUUCAACAGAAAAAUAUAGAACCAUUCCAGUUGAACAAAAUCUGAAACCCAUGUCUGAUAACGGAACAAAAAGUAAAGAAGCAUUUAAGCAGAUUUUUCAGGAGGAAACAAAACAUACUGGAAAAGACAACGUCAGUGUUUUAUCAAUGCCACAAGAAAUAUUAACAGAAUUGAGUUAUGAUAUGGAGUUAAGUUCUGAAGUUUUACGCAAAAGGAAAAUAAGUGCUGAUGUCAGCCCAGAUGGCAUUCAAAAUGAUUUGAAAAUAUCAAAGUUAAUCUGAAUUGUAAAAUUGAAAUAAUAAAUACUACAUAUAAAAAUUUCAUGUAAAAAUGUCUGGAAAAUAAAUGCCUAAUUUUUA